UCAUCUCUCGUCGACCAGCGUCUCGCCGGCCCCCCCUGGGGUCGCGCUAUGAAGCGUCAGCAUGGGUUUCAUGGAAUUCUACCUGGAGAUUGACCCGGUCACGCUCAACCUCAUCAUCCUGGUGGCCAGCUAUGUCAUCCUCCUUCUGGUUUUUCUCAUAUCCUGCAUCUUGUACGACUGUCGGGGGAAGGACCCCACCAAGGAGUAUGCGCCUGACAACGCCCCACCCGCCCCUGGACAGUCGCCCAUCCGCCUGGUGGUCAUGCAGAACUCGCCCGCAUCCGCCCGUUACGAGCCUGACCGUGUGGCCGAGCCGCCAACGCCCGACCUGAGCCGAGAUAGGGAGAAGAGGAGCACUCUGGUGUGAGCGAGGGGGGGCGGCCUGGGACCGUCUGAUCAAUUGCGACCGCCCUAUUCGGUCCGCAUCCUCGUAGAGCUCCAUGAGGGGCUUUUGUCUCGCUCGGCCUGCUGGGAAAAACAAGGAACUCCCACAAUCCUCUUUUGACUCUUCUCACCCCUAGCUCCCCUCACCUGUAGGUCACGUGACUUGUUGGUCACAUGACAACAAAGACGACAAUUAAACAAUGUUAAUGUCUCUAAACAACUUAUGAUCAAGACGAUCAUCAAUUUAUUAAAUGUUAAUGUUCAAUCAACUUUUUUUAAUGAAACAAAAAAAAAAACAUCUUAAUCAGUCUAAAAAGACAAAAGUCAAAAAGGACAAAAGGAUAAUAAAAAGGAAGUUGUUUUGGUGCUUUGGCCAAAUCCGCUUACAUAAAGCGGCACGUCACUCAUCCAUCAGAGGAAUUGCACAAUUAUCCGUCUGUGCCCAUCUUCCAUGUUUGUGGAUUAUAUUCUGCCCGCAGAGUAUUAGCAGCGCGUAUUAAAAAUGGGUUUGUGCUUUUUUUGUGCGUCCAUCGGGGGGCUUAUGUAAGCCCGGACUUUGUUGAACCACAAACAUGCAAACUGCAGGAUCGCCCUUGAUGACGAGUGAUGACAUCACAUGUAAUCCCGCCUCACAACUUCCCUUUUGAAAAAAAAAAAAAAAGGCAUUUACACUGCAAUUAAAAGCCCUUGAUGAUCACCAAAUACUGGAUACUUUUUUAAGAAAUCACUUGUUAAGAACUAUGUUUCAAUGUGAAAUCUGCCAACAUGUAAAAUUGGAAUACAGUGUUACCUCUACAUACAAAGUUAAUUCGUUCCAGUACCUUGUUUGUAAAUUGAAAUGGUCGUAUGUCGAGCAGGAUUUUCCCAUAAGAAUACAUUAUAAUUCCAUUAAUUUGUUUCACAGCCCAAAAAUCUGCACUAAAUCCUUAAUAAAUGCUGCUGGUACUAUUGCAAAUAGCAAUUACACAGAGCAAAACAAAUUGUGGAUAAAAAUCGGAAUAAUAAUAUAAUAAUAGUAAUAAUAACAAUAAUUAUACCUGUAAUAACGUAACAAAUCGGGUUCUAAUGUGGCGGAUGUGUUUUGUGUGGUGUACCUGAAUGCAGCGCGUGGCUGACUUGACAUAGUGAGAGGGAGGACUUUUUACUUUCACUUUGUUCAGUUCCAGCGGACAGUAGGCAUGUUGUGUUGCACAAGUUUUGAAAUAAAUGAUUAAAAACCUGACGAGGCUGGCGAUGUUAAUUGUCCCCUUAACUUAUAAAGACUGGCGAACGGAGGUCGGAGGAGGACCGUCGAGAUCGUAGACAUUCGACGGCCAUAUUGUCGAGCCAGUUCACGAACGUGCACACAAUGCUCAUAUUUUUCUAUCAUUUCCAUUUAAUUUCACUGGCACCUUUUCCUUGUUUCACCACCUGCACUAACAUUCUUGGAACCCAUGUUGAUUUCUCUAACAAGGAAAUCCACCGUGUGCCCAUCUUGCGGGUAAACAAAGAAACUGCGGCGCUGUCGUAAAUCGUCUUAUUUCGAGCAUGUUGUCGGACGAAGAAACAAAUGGCAAGUCAAAUUUUACGUCAGAUGUUGAGAAGAUCGUGUGUCGAAGCAGUCGUACAGUGGGGAGAACAAGUAUUUGAUACACUGUCGAUUUUGCUGGUUUUCCUGCUUGCAAGCCAUGUAGAGCCCUGUAAUUUGUAUCAUAAGUUCUCUUCAACUGUGAGGGACGGAAUCUAAUAAAAAAAUCCAGAAAAUCACACUGUAUAAUUUUUAAAUAAUAAAUUCGUAUUUAACUGCAUGAAAUAAGUUUUUGAUACAUUACCAACUAGUAAAUAUUUCGGGUCUUAGUUCUUUUUUAAGAACCCCUCCUGUUCUCCACUCAUUACCGGAAGUAACUGCACCUGUUUGAACUUUUUACCUGUAUAAAAGACACCUGUUGACAUGCUCAAACAAACAAACUCCAACCUCUCCACAAUGGCCAAGACCAAAGAGUUGUGUAAGGACAUCAGGGAUAAAAUAAUAGACCUGCACAAGGCCGGGAUGGGCUACAGGAAAAUAAGCAAGCAGCUUGGUGAGAAGGUAACAACUGUUGGAGCGACUAUUAGAAAAUGGAAGUUGACGGGCAAUCUGCCUCGUUCUGGGGCUCCAUGCAAGAUCUCACCUCGUGGGGCAUCACUGAUCAUAAGGAAGGUGAGGGAUCAGCCCAGAACUACACGGCAGGACCUGGUCAAUGACCUGAA